CGCUGCCGUGUAACGCUAACUCGUUUCUUUGGCGCUCGUUCAUUCAUCAAUAAAUAAAACGCACACCUCUCUCCUCUGUUCACAAUAAAUCCCUAUUCCAAUUCCAAAUUUUCAGUUUCUUCCUCGCUUUUCUGCAAAAUCAUCUAAAUCCGUUUCUGAUCCUGAAUCAUCAGUUUUUCCCUUGAAAGAUGGGAGGUGGCAAGGACAAACACAAUGAAGAAGAGAAAGGAGUUUUCUCACAUCUGGCUCAUGGAGUAGCUCAAGCUGCUCAUGGUUACCCUCCAGGGGCAUACCCUCCACCUCCUGGGGCAUACCCUCCUUACCAAGGGUACCCACCUGCUCAUGGCUACCCUCCACAAGGUGGCUAUCCUCCGGCUGGUUAUCCCCCUGCUGGCUAUCCUCCUGCUGCUGGUGGUUACCCCCCUGCUGGUUACCCUCCACAUGGUUAUCCUGGAUCAUCUGCUCCACAUGGAUCUCAUGCGCCUGGGCACGGCGGUAUGGGGGCAUUGCUUGCUGGUGGUGCUGCUGCGGCAGCAGCUGCGUAUGGGGCUCACCAUGUUUCCCAUGGCCAUCAUGGAUAUGGUGCAUAUGGAGGAUAUGGACACAUGCCCCAUGGGAAAUUCAAACAUCAUGGCAAGUUCAAGCAUGGAAAGUUCGGCAAGCAUGGGAAAUUUAAGCAUGGGAAGUUUGGCAAGGGUAUGUUCAAGAAGUGGAAGUGAUGAUAUUAUAUUAAUUUUCUGUACAUACAAACCGCGAUUCUGGAUGCUGCUGCACAUUGCUUUUAUAAUAAACUCUACUUUGUUUGAUGUCCAUCUAUAUUUUGGUGGAACUCUAGUAUUUUUUUUUAUAGUCAAAGAUGUAUCAUCCCGUUCAUAUUCUAUUAUUCUAGAAAGUGCUUAUUCUAGAAAGUGAACGUCAAAUAGAUGAUGCUCUGGAUAUUAUGUGCGAGCUUGCAGUUGCUUUAGAAAAGCAUUGACUUGUUCAUGCCUUUUCUGUUUUUUUGCUUUGUAUACCAUUUUUAGUUUUAACCUUUGUUGGCUUUCUUAGACA